AUUUACUCGUAUUCGUCCCGUUUAACGGAGAAAGUUCCAGAAGACCGACCUCAUGUCACUACUUGAUACUGCCGGAGAUGGUUUGACGGAGGAGCUGACUGGUGGCGCCGCCGCGUCUGACGGACCAAUUCUACCUCCGCCGAUGGAGAUGCAGCUGGAGGAGGGAUUCGCUCUGAGAGAAUGGCGCCGGAAAAAUGCAAUUAGGCUUGAGGAGAAAGAGAUACAGGAGAAGGAAUCCAUGAAAGAAAUAAUUGCAGCUGCUGAUAAAUAUAAAGCUGAGUUUCAUAGAAAUUGGAAAGCUAGAUGCAACAACAAUACCACUAUCAAUAGGGAAAAAGAGAAGUUGUAUCUAGAAAGCCGAGAGAAGUUCCAUGCAGAAGCGGGGAAGAAUUAUUUCACGGCAAUUGCCGAAAUGAUCCCAAAGGAAGUCCCAAAAUUAGAGAAACGAGGGAAAAAAGCAAACGAGAAACCGACAUCGAUUGUGGUGAUUCAGGGUCCAAAGCCUGGUAAGCCUACUGACUUAUCUAGAAUGCGCCAAAUUCUCGUUAGCCUCAAAUACAACCCACCCACCCAUAUGAAACUUGAAAAAGACACCAAAACAACCCUAGUGCCUCGUACUACACAUGUUGCCAUGACAAGCACAUGAUGCAGGAUAUGACAUGUUAUACUGUAUUUCAUAUGUUGGACUGGUCUGAGACUUAUGUAAAUAUGACAAAACUGGCUCUAGAAUAUUUGUUCGGUCCCAAUCAAUCCUUAUAAGUUUGUUGAGUUUGUAUAUGUUGGGUAUUGAGGUGUGCUAUAAAGGUUUUGUAAUUGUAGGCAAGGUUCCAGUGAUUUAAUGUAUUUAUAUGGAAUGUAUUUUUAUCGGGUUUUGGCAA